AAUUUUUUUGCAUUUUGACCAAUGAAAGCCGCUUGUCUCAUCUCGUUGAGGUAUCAUGGAGUGGAAUCACCACCCACCCAGUCACUGCUCAAUUCCUUUUACUAACCCAACUAUAACCCCAAGGCCAAACCUCCACUUCUCUCAUCCAAACUCACACUCACCAAAAUGUUCGUCUCCCACACACUUUCCAUGCCUUUAUUUGGGCACAACUCCCAGUUUUUCAUUCACCAAAAUACCACACGAUUGGGUACUAUAAGACCCACUAAUCAAAAUCACAAAUUUCAGUUUUUCUUUACUCAAAACUGCGUAGGUUUAAGCGGUCACAAGCUCUGUGACUUGAAUUCUCAGUUUUUUGAUGAGUGUCAUGCUAAAAAGUCAAAUAGAAUCCGACCCAGAAGUCAAAAACACAAGCUUUUAUCUCUUAGACAUGCUAAAACCUUAGUUGUCAAUGAUUACCAGCCAAAUAGCAUGGAAUUGUGUUUUCACAGUAUCACACAGUUGGGCACUUCCAGACCCAGAAAUUUAGAGAGCAAGUUUCUAUCUGGUGGUCCUCUGAGAACUUCAAACUCCAAAAUUUACAAGCUUGGUAGUAGAGAAAUUGGGUUUUCAGAGGGGAAUAUGAGAAAUGGGAAAUUCAUAGUGAGGUCAAAGUCAGUAUUGAGUGUAGAAAAAGCGGUAGAGAGAGAAGGAAUAGGUAGAGAGGCUUCUUAUGAUGCGAUUGUUAUUGGUUCUGGGAUUGGAGGGUUGGUUGCGGCAACACAGUUGGCAGUGAAGGGAGCUAAGGUUUUGGUUUUGGAGAAGUAUGUGAUCCCUGGUGGGAGCUCUGGCUAUUACGAGAGAGAUGGCUAUACUUUUGAUGUUGGGUCUUCUGUAAUGUUUGGUUUCAGUGACAAGGGGAAUCUAAAUUUGAUAACCCAAGCAUUGGCAGCAGUUGGAUGUGAGAUGGAGGUGAUACCUGAUCCAACUACUGUCCAUUUCCAUUUACCCAAUAGCUUGUCUGUCCAGGUGCACAGAGAAUAUGGUGAAUUUGUUGCAGAACUCACCAAUAAGUUUCCCCAUGAGAAGGAAGGGAUCCUCAAGUUCUAUGGUGAAUGCUGGAAGAUUUUCAAUGCCUUGAACUCAUUGGAAUUGAAGUCACUUGAGGAGCCAAUCUACCUUUUUGGACAAUUUUUUCAGAAGCCUCUCGAAUGCUUGACACUUGCCUAUUAUUUGCCUCAAAAUGCCGGAGAUAUAGCUCGAAAAUUCAUUAAGGAUCCCCAGUUAUUGUCUUUCAUAGAUGCAGAGUGUUUCAUAGUGAGCACAGUCAAUGCUCUGCAGACACCAAUGAUCAAUGCAAGCAUGGUUCUAUGUGACAGACAUUUUGGAGGGAUUAACUACCCUGUUGGUGGUGUCGGUGGAAUUUCAAAGUCCUUAGCAAAAGGCCUGGUUGAUCAGGGCAGUGAAAUACUUUACAAGGCAAAUGUGACUAACAUUAUAAUUGAUCAGGACAAAGCUGUAGGAGUUAGGUUGUCAGAUGGAAGGGAGUAUUUUGCCAAAACCAUAAUAUCAAAUGCUACUAGAUGGGAUACUUUUGGAAAUCUCUUAAAAGGAGAACACCUUCCAAAAGAAGAAGAAAAUUUUCAGAAAGUUUACGUUAAGGCACCAUCUUUUCUUUCCAUUCACAUGGGGGUUAAAGCUGAAGUGCUGCCACCAGAUACUGAUUGCCACCAUUUUGUUCUUGAGAAUGAUUGGACAAGGUUAGAAGAGCCAUAUGGAAGUAUAUUUUUGAGCAUUCCAACUGUCCUUGAUUCAUCAUUGGCUCCAGAAGGACGUCAUAUUCUUCACAUCUUUACCACUUCUUCCAUAGAGGACUGGGAGGGUCUUCCUCCAAAAGACUAUGAGGCAAAGAAGGUGCUUUUUGCAGAUGAAAUCAUUAGAAGAUUGGAGAAAAAACUAUUUCCGGGGCUGAGAUCAUCAAUUGUUUUUAUGGAGGUGGGAACACCAAAGACACACAGACGAUUCCUGGCUCGUGAUAAGGGUACCUAUGGACCAAUGCCACGCGGAACUCCUAAGGGAUUACUAGGAAUGCCAUUCAAUACAACUGCUAUAGAUGGUCUUUACUGUGUUGGCGAUAGCUGCUUUCCAGGACAAGGUGUUAUAGCUGUGGCCUUUUCAGGAGUAAUGUGUGCCCACCGAGUAGCUGCUGAUAUUGGGCUUGAGAAGAAGUCCCCAGUAUUAGAUGCUGCCCUCCUUCGACUUCUUGGUUGGUUAAGGACAUUGGCAUGAUAUACAUCUGAAAAAAUUUAAGAUUCAGCACAAUCAUUUUGGCUAAAAUGGCAUAGCCAGCUUGCUUAGUGUCGAAGAUCUCCAGUAGGUUGACUCAAACAUAAUUGCUAUCCCUUUUUCUUUUUUUUCCUUUUUUUUCUUUUUUUUUUCUUCCUUUGGAGGUGUCACUAAUCACCAAAGCCAAUUGAGGUAUUUUGUGCGAUGGGUAUUUAAUCAAUGGGAUUUCCCCAGUAAUUCUCAUUUGCUAAGCUGAAAAUAUGCAAACAAAAAUUGUAGAGUUGUAUGUGGUUCUUGAUGUAUUGUCUUCCGCUGAUUAAUUUGCAGUUGAUUGCUGGUUCUUCUUCA